AUGGGCUGCAAUAGCUCCAAGGAAAUUGCAAAGGCGAAGGACCCGCCCACAGGUCCUCGUCUUGUCCAGGUUCCCCAAUUCGACCAGGAAAUCGAGACGGUGGACACAAUCACAUCCGAGCCUCCCAAGAAAACUGCGAAGGCAAAACACCCACCCACAGGUUUUCGCGUUGUCCAGAUUCACCCAGACCCUGUCGUCUCCAAGACCGAGACGGAUAUAGAUAUCAUCGCGAUUCAUGGCCUGGACACGAAAAGUGACGGCAAACCCCCAUCGAAUUGGCUAAAAGACAAAGCCAUGCUCCCAAGUAAAGUUGGAAAAGCUCGUAUAUUCACAUGCGACUGGCCGGCUGAGAUGUUUGAGUCAACCAAAAUGGCCAGAAAGAGAAUUCAAGAGCUCGCUCGACGUCUCAUCGAUGCUAUUAAACGACGAGACCCGCCGAACAACGAAAAUAGACCUAUACUUUUCAUUGCGUCUUGCCUCGGCGGCAUCAUUCUUGUGAAAGCCUUGCUCGACACAAUUGACAAUGAUCCUAUCAGGUCAUCCACACGCGGUGUUAUAUUUCUUGCUACGCCGUUUUGGGGUACAGCAUUCGAUGACAUAGCCCAUUGGGCACGAUGUGCUCUUGAAGUCAGUGCUCGGUGUGGUCGUAAAAGACUCACCUCACAGGAUGAACUUAUCGCGGGACCGACAUUCGACAUGAGUGAAACUGUCCAUUCAUUCAGCAGACUUCAGAAAAAAGAGAAGUACUAUGUCUUCACUUUCUACGAGAAAGGCCUCUCAAAUAUCUACCGCAAGGCUAUCCCCAGUCUACCAAGUGGAUUUUCGGGAAGCAAAGUACUUGUGGAUAAACCUUCUGGAACGCUUCCGACAGAAGAGCAUCCAAUAGGACUUGAUCGAAAACAUGGGCUGAUGAACAAGUUCAAGGGUCCCGAGGAUGAAGACUAUCAGACAGUUGCCGGCAAAGUUGAGAAAUAUCUCGAAUUGAUUCGCGAGGGGACUCCAUUCCAAAGAAUGGACAAGGAAUUAAAAAAGUAUUAUUUGUCUCUUAACAGACUCCUCAUUGACCGUCUUUUUGGUCAUAUGUUGAAGAUGGAUAACAAGCCCAAGGCCAUUCUAUCAUUCCUUACGAAGCACCAAUUGAUGCAAAGUCUUAUACGGAUCCCAAUUCUUCUCGAUGCCCUCUGUUGGACUUGGGAUGAAUUUGACUUUCGGAAGGCGCCGCCUCAAACAAUGACUGCAAUCUACAACACUAUCGCAUCUAAACUUCUGAAGAAGGAUCGGGAGACAUUCUCCGGUAUGCCUCCAAUUUCUAUGCCUUCAACUUCCUCAAAAGGAUAUCUCACCCUUGAAGAUGCCUCUUCUUUUCUAGAAGAGUUUGCCUUUACUGGAAUGUAUAGCAAUGUCAUUAAUUUUGACUACAAUCAUCGCAGAACCAUUUUGGGGCACAUUCAAGGCGUCGAAAGCUCAAGUCCAUACAUCAGGACUGAGGUCUUUCAUGAAGUGCUAAGCAAGCUAUUAUUUUUAAGGAGCUCCGAUCUCUCCUCUACAGUCUUUCGGAGGGAAGACCAAAGGAGCUACCACUUCCUUCAUUUAACAUUUCAAGAGUACUUUGCCGCGCGAUACUUUGUGCGCAAAUGGAAAGCCAACGAAGACCUAAAAUUCGUCGACCUAACAAGCGGGGAGGAACAAUGCAUGAAACCAUCUGUGUUCCUAGGGAACAAGAAAUACAGUGCUCGCUAUGAUGUGGUAUGGCGCUUUGUUGCCGGACUACUUGACUCGGGCAGGGGACCAAAAGAACCAGAGAGAUUCUUCAGGAUCCUGGAUCAAAAACCACUUGAUCUCUUGGGUAUUGCCCACCAGCGACUUUUCAUGAAUUGUUUGAGCGAGACCCAGUCUAAAUUUUCACUUCGUAGCGACAUUGAAGGCCAUUUGUCUAAAUGGCUAGCAUUCCAAUGCGAAGUGAUUCUAGAACAGGGUCAAAGGUCACUGAGGGAGUCAGUAAUAACCUUGGCGACCGAGAUUGAAUUUCCCGAGAACUCUCUACUCGAUCUCCUUGAAGGGACUGAUGAGGAGGUCAUGAUGGUAGUCUUCUUUUCGAUGAAAAAACGUCGUCAGAUCCAACCACAAAUCAUGAAGAUUGCGCUUUCACUUCUUCAAAUCACGGAAUCCAAUGAUGUGGCAAUGUCCAUAUUUGCGCUUUUCAGACAAGAAAGGGAGAACUUAUCAGAAGAGCAUCUCGAUCUUUUGGCCUCGUAUCUCGAGAAAAAAGCACAUGGAGAUAUAAUAAAUUCUGCCGCUGACACCAUGCGGGCAUUCGCCUUACCAGAAAGAAUUUGCAGAAGAAUUAUAGCAAAGCGGAGUUACAAAACCUUUCAAGCCUAUGGCGGAGUCGCUCUAAGGGACCAGAAAUUGUCAAAAGAAAUCUUGACUGACCUUAUCGCAAGUCUUGAAAGCGAGAAAAAGAAUAUCAGAAGGAUUGCUAGCGACGUUUUGAGCCAGCAAUCUGACUUGCUCCCUGAACAGAUCACUUCAAUCACGGAAAAGAUUAAGUUUUGCAAAGACGACAUCAAACUUUGUUCCAUAAAGGCUCUAGGUGGGCAGUCACAUUCGCUGGAAACGUUCACUGGAUUAUUGUGGACUGAAGCCAGCGAAAGCUCUACGAGAUUUACAAUGGCUGCAUCUGAAGUUUUAUGCCGGCUUUCAAAAUUUUCAGAAGAUUUGCUCGAUCGGAUCAUUAUAGAUCUUUUGCCUAACCGCUACCUUUGGGCCAAAAUCAAAGCCUGCUGUUGCAACAGGCCAGGGUUAUCCAAAAAAGUCCUGAACGCCCUAGGAACACAUCUAGAGUCCCCAGACUAUGGGCUAAGAUGCACAGCUCUUGAAAUUCUAGCUAAGCAAGCUGACCUGUCAGUUUCAAUACUGGACAGAAUAGUGGGGCUGCUUGAGGAUGACAGCAAGAAGAUUGAGGAUGACAGCAAGAAGAUUGAGGAUGACAAAAUUAUGUCCAAUUCACCAAAGGAAGUCCUUGUCCGGAUUGCGAGUUGUAUUGAGAAUCAAGAUUCUUCCAUCAGAAGGGCCGCCAUCUGCGCUCUGAGCAGCCAGUCAUACUUGUUGCAUCUGCCAAAAAUCCUUGAAAGAGUUAUCAAAUACAUUGGGGAUUCAAAUGCAGAAGUUAGAGAAGCCGCGAUCAAAGCAGUCAGCGUUGUUCGCCAGCCGAUGUUAAAAACAACCUUUGACAAAAUAGCUGCUCGAAUCAAUGACCCCGACGAGAUGGUCAGGCUAGCUGUUGUUGGGGUCCUCGGGCAACAGAAAAGUUUAUCCAAUGGAAUUCUGCGUUCGCUGGUAGACUUGAUGAACAAUCCGGACAGCAACGUCAGAUGGGCUACCCUCAAAACUCUUGCCGACCAGGAAACUUGGCCUAAGGCGAUUCGUGACAAGUUAGCGUUACAAGUCCAUUGCCCCCAGGCAUUCAGAGGUGUGUCAUUCGACUGGAUGUUCAACAAGCUUGUGGAGCGGGAAGAGUUCCAUUAUAAUUUCCUUCUCGGUGGCUUGUCAAAACAAAAUUUGCGGCUUCUGCUACUGCGAACCUCCAGAACGCACCUUGCAUGGUAUAUUGAGAAUGGCAUGUCUCAUGUUGAGAUAGGCCAAAGUUCCAAAAAACCAGUCCUCUGUGUUGGAUCCGAUAUAGAGGCGGGGAUGAUGUCAGCUCGGGAAGACGCAGGGAUUCCGCCUGUGGCGGUAUUAGACUCUUGA